UAUUAACAUCAACUGGAAAAAUAUAUUCUGGAUGUAAUAUUGAAAAUGCAUCAUAUCCAUUAUCAACUUGUGCUGAACGUACAGUAGUUGUUAAAGCUGUAUCUGAAGGUGAAAAAUCUUUUCAAAAAAUUGUAAUUACAUCUGAUGUUGAAUUAGGUUUUACUGGUCCAUGUGGUUCAUGUCGACAAACAUUAGCUGAAUUUGGUCUUGAUUUAGAUGUUUAUCUUAUAAAUAUAAAAAGUGAAUCAAAAAUGUAUAAACUUCGAGAUUUAUUACCCGUAGCCUUUAUACCACAUGAUCUUGAAAAAUCUCGUGCAAAUCAUUAUGUUAUUGAAUAA